CUUUCGACUCUCCUGCUGGCGGGGAGAAAACGAAACUUUCAGUUCUCCGCCUGCCGCCCGGAGAAGAACCGGAGCAGCGAGAUUUCCCACCCUCUUUUGUCCAGCGGCUGCAGCUGCGGCCUCUCCGCGCUUCCAAGGAGGGGAAGGCAGACGCCGCCACCUACCCAGCCGAGCCCGCUUUGUUCCCUCCUGCCGCCGGUAUCCAGGGACGCAUUGGCGAUGGAGGGAGACUUCCAGUUCCUGUUGUGCGAGAGAUGCAAGAGAGAAGCUAAGAACCCCAAACUCCUAGACUGCCUGCAUACCCUCUGCCUCGAAUGCCUUGAGGAAAAUAAGCCCAUCGGGCAGUGCCCGGUAUGUGGCAGCUCCGCCCAGGCCUCGGACAGAUUUCCCCUUCAGGAUAACUUGCUUUUCUCCAAACUUCAGGCCAAGCUGAACACCUACCAGAAGAUCGUCAGCAAUCAAGAGCUGCUUUGCAAUCUCUGCAAAGAAGCGGCGGAGUUUUGGUGCGAGGAGUGCGAGGAAUUCCUGUGCCCGAAGUGUUACGAAUCCCACCAGUGGUUCAUGAAGCAGAAAAGCCACGAGACCCAACGGCUCAACGACCUGAAGAAAGAGACGGCCCACGGCUUUCUGGAAGGGGUGAAGAAGUCUUGUACCCUCUUUUGUCCCGAGCCCAACCACAACAAUCAAGUCAUAAGCAUCUAUUGCCGUGGCUGCCGCAAAGCACUCUGUUGCUCUUGUGCCCUGCUCGACGGAGAACAUUACAACGCCAAGCUUUACAGUGACAUCCGCACGGAAAUUGAGAACCGGAAGGAGGAACUGAACAGGCUGAAGGAGGAGAUCGGGGAGAAGAAGGUCAGUUACGAGAGUACCCACAACAAUGUCCACGAGCGGCUGAAGAAGCUGGAUACGGUGCGGAAUGAGACCCAUGGGCUUAUCCAGAAGAAGGUUGGGGACAUGGUCCAGUGGAUCCAGCAGAAGGGGGAGGAGCUUUUGAAGAAAGUGGACCUCCAAUUGUGCCAGGAGCGAGAAGAAGCCAGGAAGAAGCUGGAGUCCACGGAACAGAUCCUCAAGCGAAUAGAAGCCGGGGAGCAGCUGGUGGAGAAGAUGGGCCUCUUUGCCUCUGACCAAGAAAUGAUGGACAUGCACCCCUUCAUCAAGGAGUCCCUGGAGAGACUCAAGAAAGUGAAGCUGCCCGUUUCCAGCUUUCCGAGCCAAGUGGAGAACUUCGACGAGAUCCGAAGGGACCUCCAAACUCUGCUUAAGAGAGUCAAAGGAGAAGAUGCUUUUGGGUGCACUGUUCCCACGCCUGGAUCUCCCAGUCCCAUGGUCAAUUCGGUAAGCUUGAUUUGGAUGGAUGUGGAUAGUGGACCCUUGAAUCAAAGAUGGUGAGGCCCAUUGGGUGCUGGGCCUGGGUCCUGGAUCACAGGGCGCUAUUUCUUCCCUUGUCCUGUAAAGGGUCCCUUCUGGAAAUGGGAAGAAGGUUGAUCAGGUAAAAUCACUGAUGGACUCGCAGUUGAUCAAAAAUG